GAGAGACCACCAACUGCAGCCCUUAGGGGGGCCAUUUUGAUUCUGAUUUCUGUAGGCCCUUCUCUGCUUCCUGGGCCUGAUCCUUGGGAAGUUUCAUAGGUUUUAAGGCCAGAACGUCACCUAGUUCUGACCACCUUGCUGAAAUCCUUCGGUUCCCAUUCAUUUUACUGGGAUUUAAGAAUUAAGAUCAGCACCUUAUAGGAAAAAAGAAAAGGAGUGUCAGCAUCUGCAGAAUCAGGCCUUUGAAGCCUGAACAACUGGGCACCCCUUUAGCUAGGUCUGUUGGAUCUGCAUGGGAGGAAAACCAGAUAAAUGAAGACAUAGUUUCAACAUUUUUAAAUAAAUGGGAAGGACAGAGCUGGGUCACUGGAUUGUUAACAUAAAUGAGGCUUGCACCAACAUGUCUCCUGGAAUCCUCGCCUGCCUUCCAUGCCCAGCCAACAUGAGUCAGGCACCGAGCCCAUCCUUUGCCUGCUCCUUGCAACACGGAUGACACAAACUAUCCAGCGAGAAUGUUUCAGGUCCGUGUGCCUCCUGAAGAACGACAGCAUGAACUUCCCGAAAUUCUCCUACACCAAUGAAGACGAAGCCUGGAAAAGCUACCUGGAGAACCCCCUGACAGCCGCCACCAAGGCCAUGAUGAGGGUGAACGGAGACGACGACAGCGUGGCUGCCCUGAGCCUCCUCUAUGACUACUACAUGGUCCCAAAGGAAAAGAGGAUCCUUCCAGCUGGUAUGAUGGGACGCAAUGAACUGGGAAAAAGGAACUGUCACGGAAUGGAGUACGACCCCGAGAUCUCGUCCUUCGAGGGCUCUGCCCACCUCAUGAAGCUCCUGGCUGAAAACGUUUCCAUGACCCAAGAAUAUUCCGACUUGCCCAAGAAAAAUGGUUUGAGUCUAGAGGGUGUCCCUGCGCCCCUCAAGCCGGCCGUCCUCCUCCCCAGCACCAGCAAGCUGGAGCCCUCCCCCGAGAACUAUGCCAUCGCCUCGGGGGACAUGUACGACAACGGCUCGCUGAGCUCCCUCUUCGAGACCAUUCACGUGGUGCCACAGCAGCAGAGGUGGCAGCCGGACAGCACUUUCAAAGACGACCCGCAAGAGUCACUGCUCUUCGGUGAUAUCCUCAAAUCCCAGCCGGACCAGCCAUGCUCCGAGGGUUACCCUGUCGAUGGUGCUAAGAGGAGUGACUUUGAAUAUACCCUGGGCUCCCCCAAAGCCAUUCACAUCAAAUCUGGGGACUCGCCCAUGGCCUACCUCAACAAAGGACAGUUCUACCCCAUCACCCUGAGGACAGCUGGAGACGGCAAAUGUUUACACUUGUCCUCAAAUAAAGUGAAGAGCACUGUGAUGGUCGUUUUUGACAAUGAAAAGAAUCCAACGGAGCAGCUAAAGUUCUGGAAGCACUGGCAUUCGCGACAGCCGACUGCCAAGCAGAGAGUCAUUGACGUUGCCGACUGUAAAGAAAACUUCAACACAGUGCAGCACAUUGACGAGAUGGCAUACAACGCUUUGUCCUUCGUGUGGAACGCUAACGAAGAAGCAAAGGUUUUUAUUGGGGUGAAUUGUCUGAGUACAGACUUCUCCUCCCAGAAAGGAGUGAAGGGCGUCCCUUUAAACCUCCAGAUUGACACCUACGACUGCGGCCCUGGGACAAGCCGGCUGGUGCACCGAGCUGUCUGCCAGAUCAAGAUCUUCUGCGAUAAGGGAGCAGAGAGGAAAAUGCGAGACGAUGAGCGCAAGCAGUUCAGAAGGAAAGGGAAAUGCCUGGACUCCAAUAACAAUGGUUUGAAAGGCUGUUUGCUGUCUGGCUUUCGAGGGAACGAAAUCACAUUCCUCAGGCCGGAGACGGAUUUAGAAACUGAGCCGGUCUUGUUUAUUCCAAAUGUCCAUUUUUCAAAUCUUCAGAGAUGUGGUGUGGUGCUUCCUGCUGCUGCUGUUUCUAACAACGUUAACAGGUUGCCAUUAAAACGGAGCUGUCCCUCCUUCUCGGAUGAGUUUGACCCUUCACCUUCCAAACUAGCCAAAGAAGAAGAUGCAAAGAGAGUCUUGUUAUAUGUGCGGAGGGAAUCCGAGGAAGUAUUCGAUGCUCUCAUGUUGAAGACGCCAGAUCUCCAAGGACUCAGGAAUGCUAUUUCAGAAAAAUAUGGGCUGCCUGAAGAAAGCAUCUAUAAAGUCUAUAAAAAAUGCAAACGCGGCAUCUUGGUGAACAUGGAUAACAACAUCAUUCAGCAUUACAGCAACCACAUGGCUUUUUUACUGGACAUAGUGGAAGCAGAGGACAAAAUCCAGAUCAUCCUCAAGGAGCUAUAAGGAGCCCAGGGCUGCACUUACGCUGGGACUUCUCUCCUGAAGCCGGCAUGUUGGACCCAAACGGAACACAACCUCACAGCACGCCUCAUUGCCUUUACUUGAACACAUUCCCCUGGGCAGGGGGAGACACUCAGCGCGGUGACGCUGGUUCUGAGAAGUGCUUGGACAAUCCAUUCUCCGUGUGAACGUGGAACUUCUCUUGGUUGAAUUUAUUGUUAUUAUUAUUAUUAUUAUUAUUUGUAUUUUGUAUUUUCUUCCCCCCAGGCAAUAGGUCGGAGCGUCUGUUUCACGGUUGGAAUAGCAGAUCUGCUAACAUGGCUGUCCAAUGGCAGCCUACACAUAGACAACGAAUGCUUUUGUUCACCCUUUGUCUUGGCCUGCUGCUGAAUCGACCACAGGCAUCAGCUUUCUACUAAACCAUCAAUCAUGCAGAACCUUCAAACAGCACCCAACCUGGGCUCAUCCAAGCUGGCAGCUCCUCGCUCCAAAGAGACUUUCUCAGAUGCAUUUAAAUGUGGCUGCUAAACAGAUGCUGCUGGCUCUGGGCACGGCCCCUCCACCUCACCCCGGAUGUAAAUACUACUCGUCAGCCAUUUGUUUUAUACAUUUCUAAUGUACCCUUCCUUUUAUAUUUUGUAUAUGUAUAAAUAUGCCUCAUUUUAUAUUUGACCCAGCACCAGGACACAGAGCAUUUCAAAACCGGGCUGCUUCACAUUUCCCCGUGAACUCGUUUUUAUAACCGUGUUGUUGGGUUUUUUGUAUAUUCCAUAGUAAUAAAGGUUCAGAGAUGGAAAGUGGAA